GCUUCGUUGAGUAGCAAAAAGUUGAACAACACUCAACAUUCUAAGCUGGAGGUGAUCUUUUUCAAUCGUGGAGCCAAAGUUGGAAGUGAGGCUUUGAUGGAACUCAUCCAAACGAUGGCUCCUUAUAAUAACAUGACAGUAGUCACCAAAGGACCAUUAAAUAUAAUAUCCCGAACACGAUCGCCUGGAGAACGAAUGAUACAGGCCCUUUGGGUGACCGAGUUGGAGCCAGGCACUGUAUACAUAGAACAUUGCAAUUGGUUGAAUUUCCGCAGAUAUCAGUUGCCAAGACCCAUCUAUAUCAACUUGGUUCGCGACCCCGUGGAGCGGAUGAUUAGUUGGUAUUACUACGUUCGCAGUAGUUACCGCAACGCCAUCCACUUUCGACGAUUUCCCAACGCGACAAUACAACCGGAGAAGUGGUUUAAAAAGAGCUAUAACGAUUGUGUUCGCAGUGGUGACCCAGAGUGUCAAUAUGUACCUGGAAGUGUUAAAGAGGCAGUGGGUAAUUACAAAAGGCAAACUCUCUUCUUCUGCGGUCACGAUAGAGAGUGUUUACCCUUCGACUCUCAACGUGCCAUUCAGCUAGCCAAAGUACAUGUGGAACGGGACUAUGCAGUUGUUGGAACUUGGGAAGAGACUAAUAUAACCCUAACUGUAUUUGAAGCCUACAUCCCAAGAUUCUUCAAGGGAGUCAGGAAUAUCUUCGAGUUGCACAGCAAAGCUAUUCGAAAUCGGAAUCGCAAUAAUCGCAAGCCCCAUAUAGAUCCUGAUGUUAGGGAGAUGGUAAGGCGGAACUUUACCAACGAAUAUGAGUUCUACUACUUCUGCAAGCAGCGUUUGUACAAACAAUAUUUGGCCCUGCAACUCGAGAACAAUCUUCAUUAAAGGUUUCAGAUAAA